UCAUUUUAAUGUGUCGUUUUCGGAGAUUCAUCAGCUCGGGAGAGAUUCUACCAACACCUAUCAUACGUCAUUAUUUACAAACAAUGUGAAUAGUAUCUCUGUAUGUGGAAAGAAACAGUAUUUAUAUAAAUUAUUCUGAUGUCGCUUACAUCAUAGAGGGUCGUCGUAUUUCCGCCAUGCCGAAUAUAUAAAUUUUUAGUCUAAUAUCCCACUAAAAAACUGUCAAAAUGUCGGGAAACGUGGGUAUGGAAAAUUUAAUUCCUAUUGUGAACAAACUGCAGGAUGCGUUUGCUUUACUAGGAGUCCCAAUUUCCCUGGAUUUGCCACAGAUCGCCGUCGUUGGAAGUCAAAGUGCAGGAAAAUCAAGUGUGCUUGAAAAUUUUGUUGGCAGAGAUUUCUUGCCAAGAGGUUCAGGCAUUGUAACAAGAAGGCCAUUGGUGCUCCAGCUCAUCAACAACAGAGUGGAAUAUGCCGAAUUUCUACAUCAGAAGGGACGGAAGUACUCAGACUUCAGCGAAGUACGGAAGGAGAUUGAGGAGGAGACAGAUAAAGCUACUGGCAAAAACAAGGGUAUCUCCAACAUUCCAAUCAACCUGCGGGUAUACUCUCCAAACGUGCUCAACCUGACCCUGAUUGAUCUGCCGGGUAUGACGAAGGUCCCAGUUGGUGACCAGCCAGUGGACAUUGAGAUGCAGAUUCGGAGCAUGCUGUUUGAGUUCAUCUCCAAGGACAGCUGUCUUAUCCUUGCUGUGUCCCCAGCCAACACAGAUCUCGCAAACUCAGAUGCUCUGAAAAUUGCUAAGGAAGUUGAUCCUCAAGGAACACGGACGAUUGGCGUGAUUACCAAGCUGGAUUUGAUGGAUGAUGGGACAGACGCCCGGGAAAUCCUGGAAAACAGGCUUCUACCACUACGGAGAGGGUACAUCGGUGUAGUGAACCGCAGUCAGCGGGAUAUCGAGGGCAGGAAGGAUAUCCGAGCUGCCCUGGCUGCGGAGCGCAAGUUCUUUCUGUCUCAUUCAUCAUACAGACACAUGGCUGACCGUAUGGGCACGCCCUUCCUGCAGAAGGUGCUGAAUCAGCAGCUGACCAACCACAUCCGGGACACGCUGCCAGCGCUGCGCAACCGUCUGCAGACUCAGAUGUUGUCCAUGGAGAAGGAGGUCGAUGAGUACAAGAACUUCCGCCCUGACGACCCCGCACGAAAAACCAAGGCCAUGAUGCAAAUGAUCAACCAGUUUUCCACAGACUUUGAACGCGAUAUUGAAGGUAGUGGUACCCAUGUGAAUACAGAAGACUUGUCUGGUGGCGCCAAGAUUAACCGAAUAUUCCACGAAAGAUUUCCCUUCCAAUUAGUGAAGAUGGAGUUUGACGAAAGAGAACUACGUAAAGAGAUUGGCAUAGUCAUUAAAAAUAUUCACGGUAUCAGGACAGGUCUGUUCACCCCUGACAUGGCUUUUGAGACCAUCGUAAAGAAACAGAUUGCGAGGCUGAAUGUUCCGUCCCUUCAGGCUGUGGACAUGGUUGUAAGCGAACUCUCCAACGUAGUCAAGAAGUGUACAGAAAAGAUGAGCCGCUAUCCACGUUUGCGAGAAGAGAUAGAGAGGAUUGUAAAUACCAGAAUUCGGGAACGGGAACAGUUCACCAAAGAUCAAAUAAAAAGUCUGAUUGAAAUCCAGCUGGCGUACAUGAACACAAACCAUGAGGACUUUAUUGGUUUUGCCAAUGCCCAGCAGAAGUCCGAGAGUCAGGUCAACAAGAAGCGCGUGGGCAACCAGGUGAUUCGGAAAGGUUGGCUCACUCUCCAUAAUGUCAGCUUUAUGAAAGGAGGGUCGAAAGAUUUUUGGUUCGUUCUGUCUGCAGAGAACAUGUCGUGGUACAAGGAUGAAGAGGAACGGGAAAAACGCUACAUGCUGCCCCUUGAUGGGUUAAGGUUGCGAGAUAUUGAGGGGGGAGGCUUUCUCUCCCACAAACAUAUGUUUGCCUUGUUUAACCCUGAGACGAGGAAUGUGUACAAGGACUACAAGCAGCUGGAGUUGUCUGCUGAGAACCAAGAAGACAUCGACAGCUGGAAGGCGUCAUUUCUACGAGCGGGAGUCUAUCCUGAACGACAGUCUGAGGAAGGGUCCUCUUCGAGCAAGGAUGAUAUCGGCUCGAUGGACCCGCAGCUGGAGAGGCAAGUGGAGACCAUCCGGAAUCUGGUCGACUCCUACAUGAAGAUCAUCAACAAGACGCAGAGAGACCUGGUGCCCAAGACAAUGAUGCACAUGAUUGUCAACAACUUGAAAGAAUUCAUCAACACAGACCUUCUGGCACAUCUCUACUCAUCCGGAGACCAGUCAUCUCUGAUGGAGGAAUCUCCCGAGGAGGCACAGCGCCGAGAUGAGAUGUUGAGAAUGUACCAUGCCACAAAAGAGGCCCUCAGCAUCAUCGGCGACGUCUCCACGUGCACGACAUACACCCCCACUCCGCCCCCGGUGGACAACGACUGGCUGAAGGCAGAGUCUGGCGGAGGAGGGGGCGGAGGAGUAGGAGGAGGAGGAGGAGGAAUGCCAUUUAAUGGCAGUAUGACAUCAUCGCCAAGGAACUCAAUGAUGAUGCCCCCAGCCGUUCCGUCUAGGGACUUGUUCAUUCCACCUGUGUUAGCAACAAGGGCAGCACCAGAGCCACCUCGCUCACCUAAACGACCAGCGCCAACCAUUCCACCAUCUAUUCCAUCACGCCCAGGAGGUAAUUCUCAAGGGAGUGUCCGAGGCGCCCCCAAAAUCCCUGGUCGGCCCACAGUACCAGCUAGACCUCAGUAGACCUGUGAUGAGUAGACAGAUAGACAGAUAGACAGAUGGACACGGCAAUAGGCAGUAGACCAUAGUGAUUAUGCAAAAGUAUUGUAGGGAUAAAACCAGGUGGGUUUUCAUAUGUAAAUAUCUCGCUACCAUUACUUGUGAUGCAAUAUUGUCUAGGUGAAGAAAACAGAAUGUCAAAACAUAGUCAAAGAAUUUUUUACCAAGUUUUUUACACGUCACCCAGCUGUUUUACAGCCUUGUUAAGUUCAGUUUGUUCAUAGUGUAUAUUUAUUGUAUGUAACCGAUACUUAGUUUGUAGACAAUGUCAAAUAUUGGUUUGAACAUUUCGAGAAAAUAACUACAUUUGAAUUGCAUUUUGAUAAUGCAUGUGAUAGUCUGUUUUAAGGAGAAUGUGAAAUUUUGAAUAAUCGAAUAGUUUCUCUUUUGACGUGAAUAAUCUGGUCUUUGUGGACUGUGUUAAGGAACUUUUACCUACUAUCCAUAUUCAUCAUGUCUGCUAGCAGAGGGACAAAAAUUGAUGAAACCAUUCAUCAUUUCUUUCACUAGUUACAUGUUGUGAAACAUCUUUCAUGAGUACAGUCGGCAAAUAUACAUAGAUUUAGAUUACAGUGUUAGCUAAGAGAAUUUAUCUGCCAGUAACAUAAGCAACCAGCAUCUAUAGGCACUAGAAAGUUAUUUAUUCAAAUUUAUCUGAUGUAGGUCAAGGUCAGUGGCAUGAUCUAGGUCAAGGUCAACUGACGAUCUUAGUCAGGCUCAUUUUUUGCGAGGUCAAACUGUAUGUAACAGUUGCACCCGGUAUUUAAUGUCUUGUGUGAUGCCAAAUAAAGGUCAUAGGAGUAUAAUUCACCUCAAGUAUAUUUCGUGACAUAAUAUGUCAAUGGUGUCUAUGCUCUUUGAAUGUGUUUUCUUGGCCUAAUGCAAGACAAUAGACAUAUAUAUGUAUACGUUGUUUGUACUAUUGAAUCUGUUACCAUGGUUACCAAACUUGUUUGUACAUUCUGUAUGUGUUGUAUAUUUGCAUAUUUGCACAUUGUCGUGGAGGUAGAGAUGGGUACAGUACAUGUCCUUCAGUAUGGAAUUGUUGUCUGUUGCAAAUAGAUAAAAGUUUAUCGUCAGUGUGAUGAAGGUGACCGUGUCAUUUUGCAUCAGCCAACAGGAUAUUUUUGAUUCAAAGAACAAUUUACUUGACUUUUUGUGAAAUAUAUACAUAUAUUCUAGAUGAAAUGAGAUCAUGACUUCAAUUCUCUGUGUCAGAUCAUCAUCAUUUUUAUCUUUUCAUGUCCUAUCAUGCAACUUCAAGAAUUAUUACUGCUUUAUGAAUCUUUCAUAUACCGCUUCUGUUUUGUUUGUUAGCUUUUAACAUUAUGCCUGGGUAAUAUUUAUAUGAUGCAUGUUUUGAAAGGAUUUCAUUACAUUAAGUGUAAAUACCAGUCAUUACAAGCAUAAUUCAUUUAUUCUUCCAGGGAAAUUGAUCACUUUGAAAAUCUUGUUCAUUUGUCAUUCAUUUUAUUUUAUUCUGCUUAUUGCGUAUUACGGAGCUUCUGCACAGAGUUAUUCCCCUUUGAAUAUCAAUAUAGGGGACUGGUCAUUUAGUAUAGGGUGGGGGGACAGUGAAAUUAAAUGGGGGUGGAGAAUAAAUGACAGGGAAAAGGUGUGUGUCAGAAUUUAUCACAACUAUAUGGGCAAAGAAGAAUGACACAUGGC